AUGCGAAGAGCAGGCAAUGGAUUGAAACUGGACUUGACAGAACACACACCAGGUAGCUCAUCAUCACGGUUACCUAAUUUGGUGGAACAUGCGGAGAGUAGCACCUGUCAGGGAAUUACCGGUAUAGCCGGUGAAAAUUUGAACAGUAAACUGCCAAACGUCGUUGAAGGCUCCAUGGACUAUGGUAACGAGCGGCGGUCUUCCCGUUACCUGGAUUAUGAUCCCAAGUGCUUCCAAGAGAGUCAAACAGCUGGAGGUUACAUUGACAGUGGUGGUGGAGCCGCGACUACCAAUGAUGUCAGCUACGGUGAUAGAAGUUAUUUAGCUCGGAGUUACGACAGAAAUUUAUCGGACGCAGGUUAUGAUAGGGAUAAUGUAGAUCGAUACAAUAGUAGACUUUAUCCAGAUGAAAGUGUAAGAUAUGACAGAACAGCAGAUCGGUCUUAUCAGGAGUCUGAUCUGGACGCUCCUUACGAAAAAAAGGAUAACCAAAAGCUUAGAAUUUACAAUCAGGAUUCUCACGAUAUUGGAAGAAGGUAUUCUCGAGAUCUGGGGAAUUACGAAUACUCGACUCGAUAUGCUGAAGAAACCCUUAAGCUCGAGCCGAAAAAAGACCAUUGUCAUCUUACUGAUAAAAUAUAUGAGCCGGUGAAUAAAGUUUACGGCAGCAUAGGAAAAAGUGGAUACGAAUCGGGGGUAAAAACUCGGGAAUCAUCUUAUGAGCUCGGUACUUGCAGUAAUUCGGAAAUAGUUGGCAGACUCAAAUACGAGAGUAAAUAUGAUUCUAGUGCUAAAGUUUAUGGUACUCUACCUAGAUAUGAAUCAUCCGGGAAAAGUUAUGAUGGCUACGAUACAGCCGGAAGGUCUUAUGAAUCAAAGUAUGAUGAUGGAACUUAUGAUUCCGGAACCAAGGGGUUUCAAUCUUCAACGUCUAAGUAUGAACUUAGCACUUGCAAAAGCUAUAUUCACGAGAGAUCAAAGUACGAGCCUGUUGCUCGGUAUCAAGAUACAUCCGUUAAAUCCUAUGAUCAGACUUUGAAAAUAAGUGAAUUGGGCACCAGUUCGAAUGUGUAUCAAAGGAAACAGAAUUCCGAAUCUACCGCUGCUGUAACGUCAACCUCGGAGAAAAUCAAUGGAUAUAAGAAAAAUAACUUUGAGGCAUAUGGAGUCUACUCUGAUCCAGAGGAUGAUCACGGGUUUAUUUCUGAAAAGAAAACAACUCCCUAUACGUACAAAGGAGUUGUGGUAAAUGCUACCGGAGAAUCCAGCGUGGUGGAUCAAAAAAAGGCUAAAGAUCCCCAACAAACAACAGUUACCUCGAGUCCUUGGUGUAGACCCACCAUUUUACUGCUUCUUCUUGUACUUCUUAUUGUAAUUUUCGUUCUCAUUGCUGGGAUAUUGUUAAAGAGUCAAGAAGUUACCUCGAUGUCGGUAGCACGUGUUGGUGAUACGUUAGUGGGGCGUAACUGUCUCCCCUGCAGUUUUAUGUGUCGAAUUUGA